AUGGACCGCAAAUUCACAGGUACAUACCCUCUUCAAGGGAGACCAGUGAAAUCAUGGCGAGAGAAGGGAGUUGGUUGGGUUUUUGCGUUUCUCGCGACUGUGGCUGUCAUUAGAUUUUGGGAGAAUUUGCUUCCUGUGGAGAAGUUGCAGGCUUCGGACCCGUUAGUCCACAAAGUCUUCAGCUGGGAUCAAAUCCAGCCCUCGGAAACAUUGGAGUAUCACAAGUGUGAAGAUGGCUUUCUUUGCGCUCGUCUUGAGGUUCCAAUAGACUAUGAGCGGUUAGAAAGUCAAACGCGAAAAUUUGUUCUGGCGAUAGUGAAGAUCCCCGCCAAGGUCUCUGUCGGGGACCCUCGGUAUGGAGGCGCUAUGUUGAUCAAUCCAGGCGGUCCCGGUGGUUCGGGAACUCUACAAGCGUCGCUCUCAGGCCGCAAUCUUCAGACCAUUGUAGACGCUGAAAUCGACCCAAACUCGGGGCUAGGUGGCUUUGAGGACAAGUAUUUCGAUGUCAUUGGGUUUGAUCCCCGUGGUGUUGGACACACCACGCCAGCCGUGACAUGUUUUCCAAACGAGAAUUCCCAGCGCAAUUGGGAGUUGGUGGUCGAGGCCGAGGGAAUGAUUGGGAGUAGUGGAGAUGCAUUCCAGAGAAGCUGGCAGCGUACGCAGGCGCUGAAUCUAGGCUGCUCUGUAUACGAGAUGAAUGAUAUUCAGCAAAAUGAUUCGAUGAUGUCCUACGUCAACACUGCGCUUGUCGCGCGAGAUAUGCUCACCAUCAUUGAGCGCCAUGGAGAGUGGCGUGAAAAGCAAGGUCGCAAGGCACAGGAUGCGCAUGAUAGGUGCCAUGGUUAUGACACCAAACGCUCGAUUAUCCAGCGGACAAAAUGGCACCAGAAUCAAGAGAAGCUCCUGUACUGGGGCCGGUCUUACGGCACACUCCUAGGCGCAACCUUUGCAGCUCUCUUCCCAGAUAGGGUUUCUCGGGCAGUCCUCGACGGCAUCGUAAAUAUGGACAAGUACUACGAAGACAGAGGCCCAAACCCUAUUGUUGAUGCGGAUGCUAUUUUCGACCGCUUUGGCUUCUAUUGUGAUGCUGCCGGCCCCGAGGGCUGCCCCUUCUACGAAUUUGGAGGUUCAGACGCAAUUCAGACCGCGUACUGGAUACUUGAAAACCAGAUUCUCAACGCCUCUAUCCCAGUCAUGGCCUCCCCCACUCGGGGUCCCGAGGUCAUCACCUGGACAGACGUGAAAGCCAUUCUUCGCAUAGCAGUUUAUCAGCCGUUACUUGCUUUCCCAGUAUUAGCGGAGAAGAUGGGCGCACUUGCUAGUGGGGAUCCUAUCCCUAUGGCGGAUUUUAAGCAUCGUCGGCACUUCAGUGCCUGUCCAUCAAAGGAGUGCAGCAUCAUGGGACCAUGGUCUCCACAGUGUACUCAGGGACAGGAUAAUUCGCUAUAUGCCAUGGCGGCUAUUCUCUGUACAGAUGCGGAGUUUCUGGCUGAUCACACCAUGGAAAGCUUCACAGAGAUGUGGAAGGGCCUCAAGGCUGAUAGCAGGACCUUGGGAGAUUAUUGGGCUCAGAUGGAGCUCGCAUGUGCUGGAUGGCAAGCUAAAACGAAAUAUAAAUUUACGGGGCCAUGGGAUGGGAUCAUCACAUCACAUCCAUUGUUGUUUGUAUCGAAUACCCUGGAUCCAGUAACGCCGUUAUACAAUGCUCGGCAUAUGUCAAAAAAGUUUCCAGGAUCAGUCUUGCUUCAGCAGGAUUCAGAAGGCCACACCACAAUUGCCGCUCCGUCAAUGUGCACAGCAAAAGCGAUUCGUGACUACUUUCAAGCUGGUGAUCUUCCCGAGAUCGGAACUCUUUGCCAGGCGGACCUGAAACCGUUGGUAGGACAUGUCGAUCAGAUACCGGUGACCAUCCAAAGUAUGACCGCAGCCGACCGAAAGCUAUUUGAUGCUUUGAUGGGAGAGGUUAGACAUGGAUACCUUCCUCUUCAAUGA